AUGGCUACGGGCAGACAGCUGAGCGCCGAGGAGAUUGCCAUCUUCCGUGACUGCUUCAAUGAAUACGAUCAAGAUCGAGGUGGCAACAUCUCCGCCGAGGAGUUCGGCCGCGUGAUGCGGAAGACGAACCCGUCCAUCACCGACGACGAGGUCGCCAAGAUCAUCAAGGAGGUCGACCUGGACGGUGACGGCACCAUCAACUUUGAUGAAUUCAUCACAAUGAUGACCGGCCAGCCAUACAAGUCUCCCGAGCCGGCUGCCGCCGCCGUCACCACCACCACCACGGAGGAAGAGACCAAGACCGAGGGUACGCCCCCAGGCACUACCGCCGCACUAAAGUCACCCACGAGCGCCGGCGCCGGCGCCGUGCGGGGCCUCAGCACCAUGUCGGCCCGGCUGCAGCGUCAACGGCUUGCUAACCAGGUGUACAAGGACGCGUGGGCGGCAACUGAUCCCACCCUCAAGGCAUCCCUCUCCCGGGACGAGCUGGCUGCGGUCGCCGCCAGGGCGGGGCUGAGCGUGACCGGCGCGGACCUGGAGGAGCUGGUUGAUCCUGCGGAGGGGGAGGGCGCGAGGAUUACUUACGAGAGGUUCCUCGAUUUUGCGAAGAGACAGGAGGUGGAUGAUAUCUUGAGUGGAUACGAGGAGGAGUAA